AUGUCAUUGAGGGAGAUUGAACUUGCCCAGGUGCAACCACGGGAGCACCUCCUUCACCCGUGUGAUGUGAUCCAACGAAGCGCAUUUCAGCGUGACAAUGCGGAGCGGUUGCAUCGUAUACGCACGACACUUGGCUGGGGUGCGGCUGCUGAUACCGCUCUUACAGAAACAACGCUCCUCUCGUCUCGCCGUCUCGGUGCAUUGCCAAGCAGCUUUGCGUUAUAUCACCAUUACCGCGGUACCGCGUCGGAGUUGACACCGAUGGAUAUAUAUGGCCAACCGGAGGAUGAUCCCAACGUGCAACCAUCAUCCCGAUCCGUGGUUGAGAAGCUUGUGUAUGGGCAUGAGUUGACGAUGAAGAACAUGGGGAUGUAG